GGUAGUAUAGGAAAUCUUACAAGGCAUUUCUCCAACUACAACUUGCAGUUCCCGCCAAACAAACGGAACCAGACGUUCAUCUGUAUGGCCUUUCUACUCUCUCUUUUUUGGUUGCCGAUUCAAUUUUCAGAGACGUAGGGAGAAGAAGCCGCAUGUUCGAUUGCUUGUACCUGAUUUUGGAUAUAAAAUAUUCGACUACUAAUUCUGUACAGUUCGGAAAAUGUCAAACAUAACUGUUUGCGCUCGAUUUCGGCCUUUAAGUUCAAAAGAGAGGCAAGAUCAUGGAGAUGCAGUGUGCGUUCAAUAUGUGGACUCUGAGACAUUCAUUUUUAAGGAUGAGAAGACUGAAGAACUUACAUUUAGCUUUGAUAGAGUGUUCUAUGAUAAAUCUGAGCAAACUGAUGUUUACCGAUUUCUUGCUGAGCCAAUUGUCAAAGUUUCCUUAAGCAAAGGAGGAUUCUACCUUUCACGUUGUGCUUUAAUGUAUGACACAGAUGCUCUUAAUGCUGUUAAUGGGACAAUUAUCACCUUUGGACAGACUGGAGCUGGAAAGACGUAUAGUAUGGAGGGGCCUGGGAUACUUGAAUGUGAUGCAGCAAAGAAGGGUUUACUUCCUAGAGUGGUAGAAGGCAUUUUUGAAUGUACCAAAUUAGCUGAUGAAACGAGCAAGUACUCAAUAAAGUUGUCUAUGGUUGAAAUCUACAUGGAGAAAGUGAGGGAUCUUUUCGACUUAUCAAGGGACAAUGUACAAAUCAAGGAGAGUAAAACACAAGGGAUAAUAUUAAAUGGAAUGAUUGAGUUCAGGAGGACUAUUUCUAUGAACUUAAAGCAAUGCAACUCAUGUUUGGAUGAAUUAUCAGCCGAGUCAUCUAAAUUCCAUGAUUGUAAAUGGGAUUACUAUUUUGGUUUCACUUUACAGAUGCCCAUACAGGACCCUCCAGAGGCAUUGCUGACCUUAUCUAAAGGAAUAGCCAACAGAGCCGUAGGAGAGACCCAAAUGAACGUUGCCAGCAGUAGGAGCCACUGUAUUUACAUAUUCGCUAUUCAGCAAGAAUCAACCAAGGACAAGAGGGCCAGAACUGGAAAAUUGAAUCUAGUGGACUUGGCAGGGUCUGAAAAAGUGGAGAAAACUGGUGCUGAGGGGAGAGUUCUUGAAGAAGCCAAGACCAUUAACAAAUCGCUUUCAGCUCUUGGGAAUGUAAUAAAUGCUCUAACAUGUGGACCAACGGGCAGAGGAAACCACAUUCCAUAUCGUGAUUCUAAGUUGACACGGAUUCUACAAGAUGCACUCGGAGGAAACUCGCGUACUGCUUUGUUGUGUUGCUGCUCACCCAGCCCUACAAACUCAUCUGAGACCCUCUCAACCCUUCGAUUUGGUGCAAGGGCAAAGCAUAUAAAGGCUUCUCCUCGUGUUGCAAAUGAGGAUAAAUUUAUCAGAGAGCUUGAAGUUUUCACUCCAAUAAAAAGGGAAUCACGUGGCAAACUUCUAAAUGAUUUGCAGGAGAGUUUGGAUAUUGAGCAUGUGCAAAUACUUGAGGAGCUGUUUAUACAAGAAGGAAUUCUUUUUGAUCCUUGCUCCAUUGAAGAGUCGGAAUUAGCCUAUGAAGAUGUUACUUCACAAACCAUUUCUUCGUUGCAGCUAGUUUUGGAAGAACUCUUGAGCACAAUUGGAGAGCUUAAGAAAGAGAAUGAGGAGCUGAUGGCAAGAGUAUCAGCAGCUGAACUCCAUCAUGGGCCAAUCUCAAACUCCAACUUACUGGUUAGUAUAUAUUAUAAUCUUGGUCUCUUUAGGGAUUGGCUCAAAUCUAUUUUCCAUUUCUCGAUCAGCCAUUAUAAUUAGUUUCACAUUCAAAACCAACUACAUUUUUUUCCCAACUCUCCAAAAAUAGAAUUAUAGUCUUAUACAAUUACAAAUUUUGAGUUUGAACAUUUAUACCACACCACAUAAACACAAGAAGAAUUCAACAUGAAUAGCGAACUUGUCUUUUUUGGAAUAUAAAUUUGUCCUCUUGUAGUAUUCAUCAUCGCAGUAUUUGUCAAUUAGAUCCAUCCGUGAUAGACUUCUCAUUUACAGGUUUAAUAAAUGACAGAUCUCAAUUCAUGAUAUGUACUGGUAUUGAAGUUAGAAUUUCGAUAUAUUUACAAAUAAUUUGAACGUGCUAUUAGAUUUUUAUAUAUGCAAUUGCCUUUAAUUUAUAAUGUAGUGAGUAUGCUUUUAGGAAAUCUUAUUCUUAUUAAUUUUGAUGGAAAUUUAAAAUUUUUUAGUGUAGACACAUAUUUUGUAUGUUACU